GAAAACAUUCCUCUUUUAACUUCAACCCAUAAACAUGCGUGAGUGUAUCUCCAUCCACGUCGGUCAAGCCGGUGUCCAGAUCGGCAAUGCCUGCUGGGAACUUUACUGUCUUGAGCACGGCAUUCAGCCGGACGGACAGAUGCCCAGCGACAAGACCAUCGGAGGAGGAGACGACUCCUUCAACACCUUCUUCAGUGAGACAGGAGCUGGAAAACACGUCCCUAGGGCUGUGUUUGUGGAUCUGGAGCCCACUGUCAUUGAUGAGGUACGCACUGGGACUUACCGCCAGCUAUUCCACCCUGAGCAGCUGAUCACUGGGAAGGAGGAUGCAGCUAACAACUACGCUCGUGGCCAUUACACCAUUGGCAAAGAAAUCAUCGAUCUGGUUCUGGACAGGAUCCGCAAACUGGCUGACCAGUGCACCGGCCUCCAAGGGUUCCUUGUCUUCCACAGCUUCGGAGGUGGCACCGGCUCUGGUUUCACCUCCUUGCUGAUGGAGCGUCUGUCCGUUGAUUACGGCAAGAAGUCCAAGCUUGAGUUCUCCAUUUACCCAGCCCCACAGGUGUCUACUGCCGUAGUAGAACCCUACAACUCCAUCCUGACCACCCACACCACCUUGGAGCACUCUGACUGUGCUUUCAUGGUGGACAAUGAGGCCAUCUAUGAUAUCUGCCGUAGGAACCUCGAUAUUGAGCGUCCUACUUACACCAACCUUAACAGGUUGAUUAGUCAGAUCGUGUCCUCCAUAACUGCCUCCCUCCGAUUCGAUGGUGCCCUGAAUGUUGAUCUGACAGAGUUCCAGACCAACUUGGUGCCCUACCCUCGUAUUCACUUCCCCCUGGCCACAUACGCGCCAGUGAUCUCUGCUGAGAAAGCUUACCAUGAGCAGCUCUCUGUUGCUGAGAUCACCAACGCUUGCUUUGAGCCAGCCAAUCAGAUGGUCAAAUGCGACCCUCGUCACGGCAAGUACAUGGCCUGCUGCCUGCUGUACCGUGGCGACGUCGUGCCCAAAGAUGUGAAUGCUGCCAUCGCCACCAUCAAGACCAAGCGCACCAUCCAGUUUGUGGAUUGGUGUCCCACUGGUUUCAAGGUUGGCAUCAACUACCAGCCUCCCACUGUGGUUCCUGGUGGUGACCUUGCCAAGGUCCAGAGGGCAGUGUGCAUGCUCAGUAACACCACUGCUAUUGCUGAGGCCUGGGCCAGGCUGGAUCACAAGUUUGACCUGAUGUAUGCCAAGCGUGCCUUUGUGCACUGGUAUGUGGGUGAGGGUAUGGAGGAGGGAGAGUUCUCUGAGGCCAGAGAGGACAUGGCCGCCCUGGAGAAAGAUUAUGAGGAAGUUGGUGUUGAUUCUAUUGAGGGAGAGGGUGAAGAGGAAGGAGAGGAGUAUUAAAAAGUGAAGUGAUACUUUUCUGUGAAGUUGGUCACUUGCAUGCUUAUCACUGGUCAGGAGUUAACAUGGCUCUGUGUUCCUCUGUAGCGUAGAAGAAGUCCUUGUGGUCAUUCACCAUUGGUAUAUUUAUGUUUGUUGGUACUGAAAACUGGUCCUCUGCUGUGAUGUGGUCGUGCUCAUGGAAAAUAUGAUGGGAGUAGACACAUUUUUUUUCUCUUUGUUUUUCUCCAUGUAACAUUCUACACUUAGCUGUCUGUCAUCUUCUGACUGUGAUAUGCAAUAAAUUAUUGAGGGAAA